UUUGCAGCCUCAGAGCUUUAGGAAGCUGUUGCUACCCAUUGCUGGUUGCCAGGCAGCUACUGUUGCUGUGACGAUUGCGGUGACUGUUGCUUGUUGAAGAGCUUAGCAUCCUUCCUCCUUGACUACAUCUUACUUGCAGAGGCUUUCUUAUGUAGACCUACACAGAUGCAGUCAUAAUCUUUGAACUGAUGUGGAGAAAUUAAUGUUCUUUCCAGUCUAUUGUGAUUAAGACUUUUGCAUGCUGGUGUGUUUGCUUUAAUGUGAUAGCUUAACUGCUACUGUAGUAAGCUCAGAAAGGUGAACAUGACAACAACUAACGAGCACAAUGCUUCAGGAAUUAAGACAGCUCAACAACAGCAACAGCAAUCUGAGCAGGAGCUUGUUGGAAGUAACCCUCCUCAACGAAACUGGAAAGGGAUAGCGAUUGCAUUGCUGGUUAUUCUGGUCAUAUGCUCCCUGAUUGUGACAUCAGUUAUACUGCUUUCACCAGUGGAAGAUAACAGCCUGUCGAUGAAAGGGAAGGUUACACUGGCACAUAUUACGGACAAUUUCCAGAUCCAUGACCCAGAAGCAAAGUGGAUAAAUGGGCAUGAAGUCAUCUAUAGAACACAAGAUGGCAACGUGGUGAAACUCAAUGUUGAAACAAAAGAAAAUAUUACCCUAAUAGAAAAGAGAAGAUUUGAAGUACUAAAAGUUACAAAAUAUGAAGUCUCACCUGAUAUGAAGUAUGUUCUUCUAGCAUACAAUGUGGAACCGGUGUAUAAACAUUCAUAUACAGCAUACUACCUUUUGACCAAUUUACAAACAUGGGAGCAUCACAACUUGAAUCCCCCUGAGGUUACAAACUCACAGCUUCAGUAUGCUGGUUGGGGACCUUACGGCCAACAACUGAUAUUCAUAUUUGAGAACAACAUCUACUAUCAAAUACGUGUGACAAGUCAUGCCAUCCGUCUUGUUUCUACUGGGAAAGAAGGUGUCAUUUUUAAUGGUCUCAGUGACUGGUUGUAUGAAGAGGAGGUGCUGAAAUCCCGAAUUGCACACUGGUGGUCACCUGAUGGAUCCAGACUGGCAUACCUUACGAUUAAUGAUUCCAAGGUUCCUACCAUGGAGCUGCCUGUUUAUACAGGCUCACCUUACCCGACUAGCAAAACGUACCACUAUCCAAAGGCUGGUUAUGACAAUCCCUCUGUGUCUCUGCAUGUAGUAAAUGUGAAUGGUCCCCCACAUACAGUGGAAAUGGCACGCCCGGAUGAUCCAAGAAUGAGGGAGUACUAUAUAACUAUGGUGAAGUGGGCUUCAGGCACAAAGCUGGCGGUGAACUGGUUAAACCGAGCACAGAACAUUUCAAUUCUGACUCUUUGUGAGGCCACUACUGGAGUCUGUACAAAGAAACAUGAAGAUGAAAGUGAUGCCUGGUUGCAGUGGCAGACUGAGGAACCAAUAUUUUCUAAAGAUGGAAGAAAAUUUUUCUUUAUACGAGCAAUCCCCCAGGGAGGGAGGGGAAAGUUCUUCCAUAUUGCCAUGUCUUCUUCACAGCCUAACAGUACCAAUGAUAACCUACAGUCGAUCACCUCAGGAGACUGGGAUGUGACCAAGAUAUUAAAUUAUGAUGAUAAAAGGCAGAAAAUAUACUUCCUCAGUACAGAAGAUGCACCAAGACGGCGGCAUUUGUACAGUGCAGAGACAAGUGAGAACUUUAACAGACAGUGUCUAUCCUGUGAUUUGGUCGCUAACUGCAAUUAUGUCAGUGCGUCAUUCAGCCUUAAUAUGGAUUUUUUCUUAUUGUCCUGCAAAGGCCCAGGUGUACCUAGAGUGAGCAUACACAGCACAUCAGAUCAGAAUAUGAUCCUUGAACUAGAGACAAAUGCUGAUGUUCAACGAGCAAUUGCUUCUUUGCAGAUGCCAAUUGUGGAAUACAGAGAAAUCACAAUAGAAGAUUACAAACUACCCAUACAAAUCAUGAAGCCAGCAGCCUUUUCAACAUCAUCCAGCUACCCUCUGCUGCUUGUCGUUGACGGGGCACCUGGUAGUCAAAGUGUGACAGAGGAAUUUAAAGUUGAUUGGACCACCGUACUUGUGAGCCAGUUUGACACUGUUGUGAUGAAAUUUGAUGGUCGAGGCAGUGGCUUCCAAGGUACUAAACUUUUACAUGAAGUUAAAAGAAAACUGGGGAGUUUGGAAGACAAAGAUCAAAUAGAAGCCCUUAGGACAAUGUUAAAAGAAGACUUUGUUGACAAAAUGAGAACUGGUGUUUUUGGAAAGGAGUAUGGUGGGCAUCUGAGUACCCUUCUUCUGUCUGCAGGAGCAGAUAACCCAUUAUUUAAAUGUGGAGUAGCUCUUUCACCAAUCACAGACUUUAAGCUUUAUGCUUCUGCUUUCUCAGAAAGAUAUCUAGGACUUCCCGAAAUCAACAACAGAGUAUACGAGGUUGCAAAACUAUCGAAUAAAAUAUGGCUUCAAAAAGAUGUGAAGUUUCUGAUUAUUCAUGCAACUGCUGAUGAAAAAGUUCAUUUUCAGCAUACAGCAGAUCUUAUCAGUCAGCUCAUAAGAGGGCAUGUAAAUUAUACCUUACAGAUAUAUCCAGAUGAAGGUCACUACAUUCGUAACAAGAAUGUCAAGUAUUACCAAAACAAGUCGAUCAUAAACUUCUUUGAAGAAUGUUUCAGACUUUCGAAUAGGAUUCCUGAAGAAACAGUUGGUGAGGAUGAAGAAGAGGACUAAAUUUUCUGCGUGCCAAGCACAAAUUGGAUAUUUUGGAUAUAAGCGUAUUUAUAACUAUAUACACAUAUGCAAAUAAAUCAUUUUCCUAAACAACAAGACAUUUUACGUUAGCAUGUAGUACGAAGAUGAAAGCAGCAACUUUGUGUUUCAUUGACACUUCGUCAGUGAAUGAACAUUAACAAUGAAGGAAGACAACAAAAAUUACUGCCAGGCUGUAGAGACAUUGCAGUGAUACAACCCAUUGGAUACAGACCCUUGGAUUUCCUAGAAAGAAGCUUCCCAAUCAUGGUAUCAUGGAUGGUAUUUUUUAAGUCUGAGAGCUAAUCAUUGGCUUCUUCACUCAAAAGAAAAUGCCAUGAAUGUGAUCUCUAACUUCAUGACAUACGUACGCCUCUUUACUCAGCAUCUGAGACUGCAGUCAGUAAUCAGUAAUAAAUGAUUGAUAGCACAAGUAUUUCAACAAAAGUAUUCAUUCUGCAGUUUGGUUGCAAAUGGUUGUUAUGGCAUUAACAAAUUAAAUUGUUUGUCACACAUGA